AAUAUAAUAUAUUCUAGGUAUUGCGCCGCUCGGGUUUAGGUUAUGGAGCACAUAAUAGCCACAAGGGAGACAGACGAGUUGGUAGAGCUGGUGAUAGCAGCUCAAGAGAAGGGUUUGUCAGGGGAGCACGGAACAUGGCUUGAAUUUCUAAAAUUUUGCGACCCGACAAGGGAUUAUUUUAACGAUCCCCGUAACCGAAAAGCCGAGACCUUGAUCCAAUUCCUUACUUCAAUCAUCAAGACAGACGAUUCGAGGAAAUUGGCUUUGCUUAUGAAUCCCAGCCGUCCACUGGUUCGCCGCUACUCAUGCAAACACCCGAAAGAGACAGCUGAGCAGAGACUAGUUAGAAAGACGCUUACACAUGAGGAGUACCCAUUCGACUUUUUGAUCCCGUACAACGCCAAGGACUGGGUCCUUACGGGAAUCAUAGGGAGCCCCAUUGUUGAUCCUUUAAACGAUCUCGCAGCAGAAAUUUCCUACUCUUUCCGCUCAAGGAUGCCUUAUGCUAAAAGUAUUGCCAUAACCGACAUGAUUGCCCUUUGUUGCGAGAAGGUUCUCUGUCAAGACAACACUGAAGCUGCUGUAAGAGUUGCUGCCGUUGACCGCAAUCUCAAGGUGAUUCUUGAUGUGCUUGUCAAACCAAAUGAGCCAGUUAUUAACUUCCGGACUAGUAUUACCGGACUCGAUUGUUUUGCUCUUCAUCUAUCAAACGCUACUCCUUUGUCGGAUAUACAGGAAAAAUUGCUGGAAUUGUUUCCUACGGAAACUAUAAUGGUCGGUCACCUUCUGAACAAGGAUCUCAAAGCUUUAAAGAUGGAUCAUGCAAGAGUUAUCGAUACCUCGCUAUUGUUCAAGUAUGAUUUCUCUGGCUGUGGUAUCGUCGUCGGAAAGCUUCCAAGGCCCUCUUUGGAUCAUCUGUGCAAGUCUGUUUUGGGAUACGAAAUGCCGAAAUCUCCCGGAAGAUGUGUUGAUGAAGCUGUAGCUUCAAUGAAACUCGUGCUUGCUAUAUUGGAGCACGGAGCAGACACCUCUGUUCCACUACCUGAUGACAUGUUGAAAAACUGAUGAGUCAAUUGUUCAAAAUAUUAUGACAUUCGAUGGUGCGUUCUGCAUUUCAUUUUUUUUAUUUUAUAUCCAAUUUCGAUC